GGUCUGUUCCUAGUACUUUCCACCAAAGAGCUAAGCAGCAUGCAGCCCAGAGUCUCUGAAACUCAGCUCACUCUGGGUGGAGUUCAUUUAUCUUAUAAACAGGGGAAUAUGCAAAUUGCAUAGCCACAUUUCCUGCUUAGCGCUGGCUAGUCCCCUGACCCUGCAGCUCUCGGAGACACAACCCACAGCCCCUCGGGUCCGUGCAGUUACCGGCUAACCCCUGGGACCUCUCCCCAGCAUCAGAAAGAUGAAACACUGGCUCAGCAUUGCAUCCAUUCUAUUUGCUCUCAAAGGAGUCCAGACAAACUAUGAAUUUGAGGCAUCCGGUGGAGAAGUUAAAAUGCUCGGGGACUCUCUCCGGAUCUCCUGCAUAACCUCUGGAUUCACCUUUAGUUCCUAUGGCAUGAGCUGGAAUACGUGCAUCAAAAGAGUCAGCACAGCAUGGGAACAUUGCUUCCAGAACUUCACACGACAGAUCAUAGAACUGGUCUAGAGAACGUUACACCGACAACAGGCUGUCAGGCUUCUCUGCCCAUGAGCAGCUGAUACCACUUCCUCUUUCUCACACUGGGACCUAAAAGGACAGAUUCCAGAUCUGGUGUAAACUGUGCUAUGGCAGUGUACAGCAGACGAGGGACUAGCCCCAAUCGUAAAAUCCUCGGGAAAAGGAUACGAGAGUCUCAAAGCCAUUUUCUUUUUAAAAAAUCUCAGUAUUAGAAGUGUUUGGGAAGACUCUCCCAGCAAACUGAAUUAAAUCGGAAUGAAUGGAGUUUUGAGAAGUCACCUCCCUUCAUACCCUGCCACAGCCAUAGAGAGAGACGACAACUUUGUAAAGAAGUGUAUCACUGUGGAGUUUGACUCUCCUGGGACAAAAGUUACAGUAGAUCCAAAUAACCCAACACCUUCUCAGCCUUCUCUCGUGAUUUUGAAAUAUGAAGAUUCCAGUGGUUCAACAGCUUGUUUAGCAAGGGAUUUCUACCCACCCGAACUGAAGAUGUCCAUGAAUACUGACAGCCCGGUUCUAUAUGAAACCAUUGAGCCUGUCCUCUCAUCCAGAAAAUACCAUGCCAUAAAGGUUGUCAACAUUACAUCGAACCAAGAUGUGCAUUGCUCAGUACAACACCACAACAAAAAGUUUAAUAAAAUUCUCGCCUCAGAGAGACCACCAGCUUUAACAACUCCUGGACCUACCACAAGCUCAGUUGAGAUCUGCAGAACAUCAACUCCUAGCCCCCAAGAUGAAGAUAUGGAGAAAAUGAAUGCGCUGUCUAUCACUGUGCUGGGCUUGAGGGUGUUGCUAACGAAAAGCAUUGCCUUGAAUAUGCUCCUGGUCACUAGAUACCUUUAUUUCUGAGGUUGGACGAAGGGAGACAGCAAUGGUUUGAAGAAGAUACAAAUAAUUCAUUGGCUUUUAUUCUUUAUUAGAGCUGGUCAAAAAAUGAAAAUAAAAUCAAAAUUUCAAAGUUGAAAUUUUUGAAGGGUUCAAAAUGGAGCCAAUUUUUGUGUUUUCCAAAAAUCUUCACUGAAUUUUUAUAUAACAAAAUGUUGAAUUUUAAUUAAAAAUAUUAUUGAAAUCAUUAUCAAACUUUUCAGUCUACCAAAAACCUGCUUUUUAGCAAAUGAACAAAUAAGUAUUUUGAUAUUUUCAAUAAUAUUUUCAAUACAUUUUGUGAAAAUUUUCACAAAAAUUAAAAAUAUUUAAACAAUGCCUUUUUUGAGAAAAAAAUAAUUUUUGAAUAAAACCUCUUUUUGAUUAAAACAAUUAUCUCCAAAAUUUUGGCUAGCUCUUCAUUUUAUUUUACUUUCCCCUAACACUUUUAGUUUUUCUUUUAUUUUUUCCAUUAUAUCUUAAUUUUGAAUUAAUUCAGCUCUUUCUAGAUAUGUGAAAUGCUAGUUUCAACAGAUGCAGUUAAAUGUCAUAUUUUUAAAAUUGUAUUAAAUGACAACAUUUACAGUUUAUUUGUGCUAGCUGUAUUACAUUGAUUUUUCAUUCAAAUCUAUCUUAAAUAUUAAUAAAGUCAAACCCAA